CAGGCUUCCUGUCCAAUCGAAGGAGAGCCCCGUGAAGCGGCAAACAGCUUCAUUGGAUGAUAAAACAAUGUGUCUGAUGUUGACACCCAAUCUACAGAAGUACCAACCGAAGUGAAGAUCCUACAUGUUUGGUUCCUGAGAAUCCCAACAGAACGUGUCCGCUGAGCGAUGAAUAAAACCCUUAAAGCGAAAGGCAGUCAGUGGAUAGAAUGAAUAUUCGUCCUCGUAUUUCUAUGCGCAGGCAAGUGGAUUAAAGAAAAUGAAGCUAUAAAUUUGAUAUUCUGGUAUCGAUAGCGAAAUGCGAAGGCAAACACAAACAUUGCUAGUGGAAAGCGAGAAAAUGUGAAAAGAUGUGUUUAUGUUCAUGAUUGAUCCAAUUUUUCCUUCUUCUUGACGGCGAAUCUGACACGUGAUGACAUUUUGUCAGCAACCUGAAUGUUGCUGGAAAAAACUACCAUUGCUGGAACCAUCCCCUACCGAACACAGUAGGCUAUGUGCAAUGCCUCUGUUGGAGGACGCUCGUCAAAGGAAACGUGGAACUGGUGGAAAAAGCACAGUGAGUGAUUCAAGUAGUAAUGGUGGUGAUAAAGUGCUAAAUAAACCAAAGCUCACCUCGUCUCGAAGCGGAACGGAAAUGGUGAAACGAACAGCAGUGUUGUUGACAGUGGUUACCCUGGUGACGGCAUUUCCAGCCAGCUACGGAAGCUACGCCGACACGGAAGAUUUGAUCAACGAGCUCGACAGACCAAUUCCCAUUACGAUGGUGAGUGGUGUGCUCGGCAAGCAGGCAAGCCUUCCGUGUGACAUCCGACCAUUGGAGCGAGACGAUGCUGUCUACAUGGUGCUAUGGUUCAAGGAGGAAGACAACGAACCACUUUACAACUUCGACAUCCGAGGUCGUCAGAUUGCCCAAGCGCGGUUAUUCUCGUCGGAGAAAUAUUUUGGCAAGCGGGCAUUCUUCCGGGCGACGAGCCAUCCGGCGCAGCUGUUAGUGGACGACCUAAAACUCUCCGAUGAAGGGGUUUACCGGUGCCGUGUGGAUUUUCGCAACUCGCCCACCCGAAAUGUUAAAAUUAACUUCACAGUUGUAGUUCCGCCGGAUCGGCCUGUUAUCUACGACGCCAGGCGACGGGAGAAGACCAACACUGUUGAACCGUACAGCGAAGGCAGCGAUAUACAGCUGGUUUGUGAGGUGAAAGGAGGACGACCCCGACCGAAUGUGACAUGGUACCUGGACAACAUGGUGAUAGACGAAUCGUACGAAACGCGUCCGGACGGUACGACAGUCAAUCAUCUCUCAUAUCCGAACAUUGGGCGGCAACAUCUGGACGCUCGAUUGAUGUGCGUGGCUAGCAACACCAAUCUGACGCCUCCGAAUAACAAGGUUGUGGUGCUGGACGUUAAUCUGAAACCGGUUGCCGUACACAUCAUGGUGAAGGAGAAAUUUGUGUCUGCUGACAAGCAUUAUGACAUCGAAUGUAAAAGUUCUGGGUCCAGACCAGCUGCAACCAUUACCUGGCAUAAAGGAGGAGACAAAAUUGUUAAAUCCAGCAAAAAUUUCGCCGAAACGGGAAAUCAAUCGCUGAGCGUCCUGUCGUUCACACCGAAGGUAGAUGACGAUGGGAAAUAUUUGACCUGCCGAGCGGAAAACACCCUCAUCCCCAACAGUGGCAUCGAAGACAAGUGGAGGCUCGUGGUGCAUUAUACGCCAAUUGUUACGCUAAAAAUGGGAUCAUCGUUAAACCCAGACGACAUCAAGGAGGGUGAUGAUAUAUACUUCGACUGCCACAUACAGUCGAAUCCGAAACCGUACAAGCUGGCGUGGUAUCAUAAUGGUAAUGAACUCCACCACAACGUCACAGCCGGUAUCAUAUUAUCAGACCACUCGUUAGCACUGCAAGGCGUUUCUCGAAACCUGGCUGGUGAAUAUACUUGUAAAGCAGCCAACACCGAAGGUCGGGGAACCAGCAAUCAAGUUGAACUGCGUGUACGAUAUGCACCCGUUUGCGCAACGGACCGUGAAGAACUGCUCGGUGCACUCAAGCACGAAACACUGCAGCUCAAGUGCGAGGUGGAUGCAUCUCCCCCGGCAGAGUCCUUUCAUUGGACGUUCAACUCAUCCGGUGAGCAAACAGAGCUACCGGCCCGGCUCCAUUCCAGCGAGACCGGCUUAUCACGGCUUAAUUACACACCGACAUCGGACCUUGACUACGGAACGAUAUCCUGCUGGGGACGGAAUGCCAUCGGAGUACAAAAAACACCCUGUGUGUUUCAAGUGGUAGCAGCAGGGCGACCUUUUGCACUUCAAAACUGCACGAUAUCCAACCAGUCUUCCGACUCGCUACACAUCGAAUGCAUCGAAGGAUUCGACGGUGGCCUGCCACAAAUGUUUCUGCUGGAACUAGUGGAAGUGCCAACUCUCAAGCUAGUGAGGAACCUCAGUUUGCAGCAUCCUCCGGUGCAAUUUUUCUUAGAUAAUCUAGAGCCGGGCACCUCGUACCGUAUCAUCCUGUUUGCGGCAAAUGCAAAAGGUCGUUCCGAACCGGUGAUAGUGGAUGAUAUCACCUUCAAGGGAGUGGCCAAGUAUACUGGUGUAUCCAACGUUAUGAAUGUUCCUUUAUCGCCAGUAUUAGCCGCAUUAACACUUACGGUAGCGAUUCUGUUUGCCGUAGUCUGCAUCGUGCUGGUCACCAUAUAUCGACGACAUGCUAGCAAGAAUUCCUCCAAGAAGCUAAAGUCUGCCAAAAACGCACAUCUCACCUCGACCCCGAUAGACUGCCAAAUUGAUUCAUCUGCACACCAUCAUCACCACCAUCAUCAUCAGACCCAUGACCCCAAUGGUAUCCAGACGCCACUGGUGGACGGAAGUGGGACUCUCGGGCGACGAAGUCCACAAAUGCCGGGAGAACCACCGGAUGGGGAUGAAACUGAUCCGGACGUUAUACCCAAUCAGUACGAGCGAAGACCACCAAAAACCACUCUUCCGACGCCUUUAUUUCGGAGUCCUUCAGCGCGUCUCAUUCACCGAAACGGCGGUGAGCACUUGCUCCACGAUGAGGAGCGCCAUUGUGAUGGAUCCAGUCUGGCUUCGCUGACCGGAUCGAACAAUGAAGUACAUCAUUAUUCGUUUAAGCCUAGCAAACAAAUUAGUUAUGCGACCCUCGGUCGAGCAAACAAUAGCAGUAGCUCAGUGCAGUCGACGCUAAGCCCCCUUAGUCAUCAGCCUUCGGCCACGAGUACAACGCUGCCACUGCCGUCGAUUGUGGGUGGCGUCGGCGUCGGAGUGAGCAACCUUCUUAGCAGCCCAGCGUCCCAAUCGCUUGUCACGUCCACACUCAAUGAGUACCGGUUUCGACCGGAAGUGGUUACGACAUCGAACCGAAUACAGGAAAGUUGUAUAUAAUAUUUUAUAAGGUGUAUAGUCGUACUUUGCUAGGUGUUUGCGGUACUUGUGGAUGCGUUCUUCUUCCCUAUAGGUUUGCAAAAUCAUGUUUACGUUCGCAUUGGGAAUGAAAGUCAAAAUUGUACGCUUGAGCGGAAACAGCGGAUAUUGAACGAACGUGUACCGAAGUGUGCUGAGGAUGGUGUAAGCAAAUAAUACUCGAAUUUUAUUUUAAGUGGAUCUGUACAAGGAAAUGAAGCUAUUGAAUUAUUAUGUACAAAACGAUUUUAGAAGCAUGUCCUGGCGAAUCUCUGGUGGAUGAAAGGAGGUGCAAGUGAAACUUAUGAAGUUUUAUCGGAAAUUUUUAUUAGCAAAUUUUUCGUAUAGAGUGGUGACCGACAUUUGUAAACUACUAGAAACUAGUACAGUAUUAGAGAGAAAGAUUGAUUUUAAAGUUCUAAAUUUCUGACUGUUUUCCCGAAAUAGAAAAUAUCUUCUAAAUACCUGCGCUAAGAAAAAAAAUCUUGACAUGAACAAAACACGAAACGAAUAAAAGGUUUGAGAAAAUGCGUUACUGACUGGACAAUAACCGCACACUACUUGGAUGGGUAAAUGGAGAAUCGGAAACGAAAAAUAAUAUCUUGAACAUAUGUGAACGAAAUUCUGAGCAAGGGAUGUACGACUGAAUCAUAUCUUUUUUUCUCAUGGGUGAACAAUUUCCCAGAGCAGCUCAUUGAGCACAAAUAAAAAAAAAAUAAGAUGGAAAACAACCACCAAAAACUAUUUUAAGUCGCCGAAGCGAGGUAGAAUAUCAAGCAAUUCCGAUAGGCAUCCAGAGUCUCUUAUAGAUAGUGUUGGUUUUACAGCAAUGACUGCGUCAAAAAGUAAUGUGUGCUAUUUAGAGAACAGAAAAUGCUAGAAUAAUUUUGUAAGAGAAAUUUGAACACGACACAAACGAAUAUAUUGGUAAAGUGAAUGUAAAAAAUGACGAUGUCAAGAAUACUGUAAACUCCAUUGAAAAAAGUCAGGAAAUGGACGUUGAAUGAAUCAAUAAACAAAUUUUAUCAAA